GGCAACUGAACUUUCAAGAUCUCUUUGAGUCAUUUUUCAUAUUUAUAAUAAUCUGAGAAUGAGGAGUGCAUUUCUCCUGCUGGCUCUUCUGACUGGUGCUCAGACCUUUCAUAUUUUGGAAAAGCCCAAUUCUAAAAAUCAUCAAGACAUCACAGCAUUUGCCAUUUUACGUGCUACUGUGAAGGUCUGCGAAAAAGUUGAGGGCUUCACAAAGCCAGAACCACUGAAUACACAGACACUGGCAAAGGCCUGCAAAAAAGAUGCAUUUAAAAGUAACUUUGAAGCAGGCAUAGAAAUGAUCACCCAUUACAACACACAAACAGACGUAACAGAUAUUGCAAGUGCGAAACAUCAUUUUAACAGUGAGAAAUUUCUGGAUGGUAAAGCCCUCAUCAUCAAGGGAAUAGAGGACAUCGCAGCUGACGUGAAAAAAGAGGAUUUUGAAAAUGCACGAAAGACACUUGGGUCAAUCCUGCAUACUUUACAGGAUUUUUACAGCCACAGUAACUGGAUAGAGCUGGGAAACACCGAACCCUGUACUGCCCUGAUCAAUUUAGAAGAGAGCAUACCCAACCCUGCAGAUGAAAACACUGAAACAUGUGAAAGUGACCUUCCUAAUACAAACACUGGGGCAAAAUUUAAGAAUAACAUUUUAGAAAAUAAGAUUCUGACUUCAGGAUACUAUGGAACAAGCAAAAAAAAGGGAAAGUGCAGCCAUGGAGGUACUCUAGACUUCACAACUGGCUUUGGGAGAGGCUGGGAUGGUAUUAAUAAAGACGCCAUUGAUUCCAGUCAUGGUUUAGAUCAUCAUAAAGCUGCAGAUGUGGCCAUCGCUGCCAGUGUGCAACUGCUGGAGAAGAUCUGGAAUAAUGAUGACCCCAGCUUCUUCAGGCUGAUUGGGCUUCACAAGGACAAGCCAAAGGGAACAUGGAAAACUUUCUUUUCUUUCUCUAGCUCCAAAUCAAGAGUUUCAGAUGCAAAUGGAAAACGCUAAAGAAAAAAUCAGUUUAAUGGCACUGCAUGGGCAAAACACAAACAUUUAUUGUGUUAUGAAUAUAUGCUAUGAAAUCUCAGUCAUUUACUGUAUUUUCUCAUAUGAAAAUAUUCUAAUAAAAUCUACUUAACCCUUGUGCAUCA